UUGAUAAACUGGAAAAGACACCGUAGCAGCUCGCGCGAGCCGGAUAGAAUUUUAAGCUACGGAAACACGCAUUUUCUAAAGUGGAAAAUGGGAAACGCGGUGCUAUUUCUUUGCUGCUUCGCAGCCGUGUUUGUGGGAGCAUAUGUGCAGGCAGCGAUCGACAUGGAAAUAGAAAACAGAGCCGUUGAUCGAACGAUAGAUUUGACUUCGCAAUUGGUGAAAAUUUCGUACAAAAUAACGCUGGAGCACAAAUCGAAAAAGCCCAUCGGUACCUACCUCUUCCUAGUGCCCGAGAGUGAUCGAGAAAGGUUGUCCUUUAUUUCGGCAAAAGAUUCUGCGAAGAAGGAGCUGAAGCUCACGGAAACCACGACUCCGAAGGGUGUGACGUUCAGCAUGACCCUGCCGGCCGGUGCAUCGAACCCGGUGGUGUACAUCGAAACCGUGUUCACGAAAUCUCUCAAGCCGUUCCCGUCGUCCAUCGCCCAAAGCGAACGGCAACUUGUGCAGUACUUUGGAAACGCUUACUUCUACUCGCCGUACCCAACAGUGACACAGAAAACGACGGUACAUCUGAGCUCUCGCAAUGUGGAAAGUUAUACCCAGUUCAAGCCCAGCGCCCAAUCGGACAGCUCAAUUACGUACGGACCGUACGAUAACGUGGCAGCGUUCUCUCACGAGCCGGUGACGAUUCACUUUGAAAAUUUCACUCCAUUCCUCACCGUGACUCGUCUGGAGCGUACGAUUGAAGUAUCGCACUGGGGUAAUAUCGCCGUGGAAGAGACGAUCGACAUCGUACACUCGGGUGCCACACUGAAGGGUGCAUUUUCGCGCUACGACUACCAGAAGGAUGCCCGUUCUAACCAACCCAGCGUGAAAUCCUACAAAACACUUUUGCCAGCUUCGGCAACCGGUGUUUACUACCGUGAUACGAACGGCAACAUUUCCACCUCGGCUCUGCGCACACUGAAGGAUGCUGUCGAGCUGGACCUUCGUCCACGGUUCCCUCUGUUCGGUGGCUGGCGCACACACUACACCCUCGGGUACAACGUGCCGAGCUUCGAGUAUCUGUUCCAGAAUGGAGACAAUUUCCUGCUGAAGAUGCGUGUCAUCGAUCACAUCUUUGACGAUAUGGUGAUCGAUGAAGUCGUGACGAAGAUCAUUCUUCCCGAGGGGGCAAACAACAUCAAACUGAUCGCGCCAUACUCCAUCCAGCGGCAUGCGGAUUCGUUGCACUACACGUACCUGGACACCUUCGGGCGUCCGGUGAUUUCCUUCAGCAAGCGCAACCUAGUUGAAAAUCACAUUAACGACUUCAACCUAAAAUAUAACUUUUCGCGUGUCAUGAUGCUGCAGGAACCGUUGCUGGUGGUGGGCUUCCUGUACGUGUUGUUCGUUUUCGUCAUCGUCUGGAUGCGGUUGGACUUUUCCAUUAUCAAGGAGAAGGAGCCACACCAGCACAAGGAUUAAGAGAGGUGGCGGAGCAAAAAGACACCACUAUCUUUCCUGUUCUUUUUUUUCUCACACAUUCUUGGUGCACUAUUGGAGAGGAGGUUGGUAAAUGAAAACUGUCCAGGGGUCGUUUGUGCUAAAAUGUUUACUUUACUCUUUCUGUAAAAACACACUCCAUCUAUAGACUUAAUCGUGGUGGAGUAACAAUUCUUGUGUUCCAGCGUUUGAUCUUAGCACCUGGUAGCAUUACUAGUGCUGCACGACUUAAUUUCGAUGCAGAGUGAACUAAUUGACCAAUCAACAACAAAUACCCAAUUGCGUUCAGCUUACGAAGUGGUGCAUCAUUUCAUGCUAUCUGAACAAAGUAGACGAAUAAAAAUAAAACAUAAACAUAACAAAAUUUGCCGUAUUUCACAACAUUUUUAAAGAAAACAUUAUUAAUCUGGGAACUAUCAAGGAACUGUGGAGUUUGAUCAAUGUGCUGAAGAGAUCGUUAAACGAACAAAUUGGAAUAGUGAAAUUGAUUUCCAAAAACGGAUAGAAGGAGAUCAUUCAGGUGCGAAAGAAAUAUUAACAACAAAAUGGUAGGCAGUCUAAAUAUUGGUUUGAUAUGCCCACUGGAAUCUGGCGAGCCUAAAUCGUAACCAAUAUCAGAGCCCGUCAUACAGUUGCUACGAGUUGUUAUUGUUCUUCUAAAAUCCAAAGGCUAAAAAUCCUGUUGAACAUUUUUUUUAAACGAUUUCGUCAGCAAUGUACAACAUCCUUCAAUCCAUGGGUAUUUAUUUGGAUGAUUGGUAACCAGCAUCCUUGUGUGAAUUGCAAAUCAGCUCUUAUUUACUUUUGACCCAAG